UCUGAAACGCUGGCCUCCCAGGAAGUCCCUUUAAUGGAAAUCUUUUGGAGCGAGGUCAGGACAGGGACACUGCAAUAACUCUCAGCUGAGAUGGCGCUCAGCAGGGGGAAGGGCUCACUGGACAGUAGCUCAUCAAUCAGUAGUGAUCUGGAGAAAUGUUUCCUCGACGCACACACCGAGUCUAACGCACUUACUGUAGAGAAACUAAAAAGGGAAAACACCAAGCUGAAAUCACAGUAUGAAGACCUGAGGUGUCAGUAUAGGCAGCUCUUAGAAGAGGCCAAGGAGGAGAAGUUUGACGAGAGGAGAGUCAACCUGCUCAAGGCUCAGGUCAUGCAGCUGGAAAGGCAGGUGAUUUUGCUGUCUGAGGGCUUGAGCUCGCAGGCCUGCCGCAGUCAGGAUGUGGAGAAAGCCCUUGAUCCUCUAACACAGAGAUUAAGAUCGCUGCUGUUCUCUGAGGAUCCUGCUGCUGAUGUGGUGAUCGCUCGGACAGAGCUCGCACAGUUGGUAGAAAGGUGUGAGGAUGUGAGACAGAAGCUGCACAGAAAUAAUCAGGUGACGUUCCCAAAGGAUCUCGCCAUGCCGUGGAUGCUGAGUGGGUCGAAUAUGAGCAAGCAGCCCAUCACCUUGCUGGAUCUCUGCUACGGCAAGACAGAUAACCUAAACCUGCAGGGAGUGAGCGCCCUGGAGUCCAAGCUCAGCCAGCUGUUCAAACACCUGCACGGGAUGAGACAGACCCUCAACCUCCUCCUGGCUCCUCACAAAGAACCUGACAAUUCCGUCGUACACAGGACUCCUACGGCCAUCUACGCUCGGAUGCUGAACCAGUCGCACCGCUGCUGCGCAAUCCUGGACCGCUGUUGCCUCGACCUCCUGACCCUGUCUCUCAUCGUGCCCUCGGCACCCUGGGCAAGCCCAGAGCAGCAGGUAAUUCAGGAGCUGGAGGUGGAGAACAUCCUGGCAGUGUUGCCAGCAUUUCCCCGAGGAGCACCCCUUCAGCGAGCGAGACGCGCCGCCCAGGCCCUAAGCCGAGCCGCCAAUUACUCUGUACUGAUGGCCCAACAGCAGGUGGAAGCUCUUGAGGCUGAAUUGGACUUCCAUAGAAGCUUGUACAGCCUGCAGGUCCGGACCAUAGAGGAGCUCGUCCAGGGAAUCCGCCAGGCUUAUCAAGCCUUCCAGGAGAACAUCUCUCAGAGCUUGUGUGUCCCACUGCAAGAUGUCCUUUCAUGUUAUGAGGAUCUGAGGAGCACAACGUCAGAAGCUGCACUUCACCGCUUCCUGUCAGCUUUUAAGAGCAACUUGGCACAGAUACGAGAGGCAGUGGAUGCCUUCGGCCCUUCAAAGAGUGAAGGAGAUGAAGCUCUGGAGCAGUACGGCCAUGAUUUCCUGCACACUGUGGAAAAGCUCCUGAAAGAGUGCACUGAAAAGAGAGAGAAAGCAGCAAGUCAGCUGCACUCCCUCCAGCAUGAGCAGCAGCAGGCAGUUCAGACCCUGCACGUUCUGCGAGCCCAGAGGAAGGAAGUGAGCACAGAAAAGGCCCAGCUCCAGUCUGCAUGUCCUGAGAACGCUCAGUGUGAGAGUUCUGAUGCUCUCUCUGGAGGUGCGGGAAAACCCAAAAAUCCUCCGAAACCGUCAUCUGCCAUGCCGUCCGAGCAAAGAAACCGAGCGAUCCUAAGAGAUCCGUCAGUCCAUGUCUCCAGAAAGAGCUUGUCUCAAGAGAGGGGGGUCAACCAGAAGCCAGGCCGAGAGGAGGAUGUGCUGAAGAGGAGGAGUUCUUUCAGAAGCAAGAGUAGGAAGACAGUAGAUAGACCUGAGUGGCAGACAUAGACAUGCUGAGAAAAAGAGAAACUACUUGCCUGUCCUUCGAUCUCUUGAAUAAAGGAGUUGGGGGUUUAGGGAGGGACGGGUUUUUUAAAGCCCGUUAGAAAAGCCUCUCCGGCUGAACAGACCUAGUGGAAAUGAAAGAACUUAAAGAGCCUUGUUCUGUAGAUGUCAAGCAAAGUCCACAUCUAUUUCUUUCAGCUUUCAGGGUCUCAGUCGAGGUGAGAGUACUACAAGCCGGGGGAGCUUUACAGGAUCACACAAUAACACUCUGUUUUCAUUCCCUUUUUUCAAAAAAUCCAUCAAGGCCAGGGUUUUAUUUAAAGGUAUACAAGUGCUGCUCUUAUUCUAAACCCUAGUUCUGUGUUUGGAUCAGUAGUUUCUUCUGUGUUUAUUUAAAUGAACAUUUUUGUAACAUGCUCUACAGGCAACAGGAAACCAAUCCCCCAAAACUUCGUUAUUAGCUCAUGUCUCAAAUCACAAAAUUAUUAAAUGA